AUGUCCAUCGGUCGAUACACACGAGGUGAUGAGAUCGGUAGGGAAGCUUCGCGACGGUAUACCAGGAAAUCUCGGACUUUCGUUGCCAUCAAGUCGGUGAACUUGUCGAAGCUCAACAAGAAACUGAAGGAAAACCUUUCCUCCGAAAUCGAUAUCCUCAAAGGCCUUCAUCACCCACAUAUUGUCGCACUUAUCGAUUGCCAUGAAUCGACUUCACAUAUUCAUCUGGUCAUGGAGUACUGUGCGCUGGGUGACUUGUCGCUAUUCAUUAAGCGACGAGAUACCUUGGGAACACAUCGGUACACCAAGGACAUGAUUGCGAAAUACCCGAAUCCUUCCGGCGGAGGCUUGAAUGAAGUGGUUACCCGUCAUUUUCUCAAGCAGCUUGCUAGUGCCUUGAAGUUCCUGCGAGACCGAAAUCUAAUUCACCGCGACAUCAAGCCUCAGAAUCUCCUCCUUUGUCCUUCUCCGUCUUCUUACCGGAACGGUGUCGCCAAUGUUAUUCCGUUCAAGGGUAGUGAUAAUUCAUAUGAGCCAACGACUGGGCUAGAGUCGCUGCCAAUGCUCAAGAUUGCGGACUUCGGAUUCGCUCGGUCCCUGCCGGCUACUUCCCUGGCAGAGACUCUGUGUGGUUCUCCGCUGUAUAUGGCACCUGAGAUUCUUCGUUAUGAGAAGUACGAUGCCAAAGCUGAUCUGUGGUCAGUUGGAACCGUGUUGUACGAGAUGGUCGUGGGAAAACCUCCGUUCCGGGCUACAAAUCAUGUUGAACUUCUCCGCAAGAUCGAGAAGGGUGAAGAUCGUAUUCGUUUCCCGGAAGACAACCCUGCUUCCGAGGAUAUUAAGAAGCUCAUCUGCAGGCUCCUCAAGCGGAAUCCAGUCGAGCGAUUGAACUUCCCUGAAUUCUUCAAGAACAAUAUUAUCAUCGAGCCAAUUCCAGGCUUGGUAGCCGACGAUACACCUCGAGGCUCACGCCGUUCUUCCCUGGAGCUUGACCGCAGCUCGGGGUCCAACCGUGCUGAGAACCGGCCAACGCAACCAGCCGAGCUCGAUGUGAAGGCUGCUGAAGAUUCACCGUACUCUACUGAUCAGGGAGAACCUACUACUUACCCGCCAAGCCACCGCUCAUAUGCGCCGCGCAAUAAAUCCGAUACAACACCUAAUUCUGCACCGAUGCGUCGGCAGGGAAGUGCAGAUAGGCCGUUCUCAGGUCUUUCCAAGGAGCAACCCCGAGGAGGCAUUCAGCCAACUCGGCCCAGCCCAAUAACCCAGGCCACCGCGCCAGCUCGGCAAGAGCUUACAGGUCGCCAGACCCCUACAGCUGCCACGGAGAGGCAAAAGGGCCGACAAAUUCCAUCUGGAUCACCGCGAACCGCAGACCUCGACCGUGCGCGCGAGGAACGUGAGCGGGCAGCCCAGGACGUGGCCUUCGAGAGGGAUUAUGUACUUGUGGAAAAGAAGGCGGUUGAAGUCAAUGCAUUUGCGGAUGAGUUGGCACAUAGUCCACGCAUCCAAGGUGGCUUUGCCCGGGGACAGGCUGGUUCUGUCACUCGACGUGCAACCACUCAAGGACUACCGACCGUGUCAUCCACCUCUCCGCACGCAAACACUUCUAAGGCGAUGCAGAUCGCUUCUGGGCGGGCUCGAGCCGAUUCGACUCAUCAGCGCCAGCAUUCAUAUGAGCGACGCUAUGGACAAAGCCCGACAUCUGCAACAUCUGCGAUCUCGAAGGCUCUGAACAUGGCCAGCGGCCGGCUUUUCAGUAUGGGAUUCUCACCUCCUUUGGCUGGACCAAAAGGAGGAAGAUCUCCACCUUUGGCGUAUAAUCCUUUCCCUAUCUAUCCCGCUCCUCAUGAAACGAUGCUUCUGGGUGAUGGGAAGAUCAACCCUACCACGGACCAGGACACGAGGACUGUCCAAUCGCUUGAAGAAUGUGCUACGCGCAGCGAUGUUGUUUUUGGAUUUGCCGAGGUCAAAUAUAAGCAACUUGUGCCGCUCGCACCGUCUGCGCCGAACGAUACUCCAAUUGACCCCACCGAUCCAAAUGACGGCGGCUUGACCGUCGAUGCUAUUGUUACUCUUUCAGAAGAAGCGCUGGUUCUCUACGUCAAAGCUCUUUCUCUGCUCGCCAAGUCAAUGGAUAUUGCUGGGUCGUGGUGGACGCGCAAGAACCGAGAUGAGGCAUACGGCGAAUCGCCCCGAAGCGAGGCAUCUAGCAAGAUUUCCGGCUCACAGAUCAAUAAGGUUGUUCAGUGGGUUCGAACCCGUUUCAAUGAAGUCUUGGAGAAGGCCGAGUUUGUACGUCUCAAGCUCGUUGAAGCACAGGAGCGUCUUCCUCACGACCACCCCAGCCACCCCGAUAACCAUUCUGUGGGUUCGACUUUCGCUUCUUACGGAUCUCAAGAUGUGGCUGUGAGCCCAGGCGUCUCCGCUGAGAGGCUGAUGUACGACCGUGCGCUUGAAAUGAGCCGUGCCGCAGCUAUUAACGAGUUGACCGGUGAAGACCUACAAGGCUGCCAAAUGGCCUACAUCACUGCCAUUCGACUGCUGGAGGCGAUCCUUGAGGAGGAUGUGCUCCGCUCUUCGGCGAAAAGCGACAAGAGUGACCAGCAGGCCUCUCAGAUCACCGAGAAGUUAUCCCUUGGCGAUGGCGAAGACCGCCAAAUAGUCAAUAAACUUAUCUCCAGCAUGCGUGGCCGGUUGACGGCUCUUAGCAAGAAGCUGAGCGUUCUUGAAAAGCGAGCUUCGGCCCCAACUCCAACUCUGGCUACCGGCCGACCCUCAUCUACCCUGAACCCUAUUUCUCAUGCCACUGGCGCAACUCCACCUCGAUGA